CAACCAUGUCCCUUACAAGCCUACACUACACGCAUUGCAAACUCAUCAUAGUUACUUUCCCUAUCGAUCCAUCUCUAUAUCUAUAUCAAAUCAAAUCGAACCACCAAACCACCAAACCAUGUCCGUCCUAAGCGUCCACGCCUCCGCCUCCCACUCCUUCUCCAAACCCAGCGUCCCAAGCAUAACCCUCCUCCCCAACCUGGGCAUGCAAGGUGACGCCCACGCCGCGCCACCGUCCAGCACCGCUCGCGCCUACACAUUAGACCCCCGCCGCCAAAUCUCCGCCAGGCGGUGCGGGGAGGAGGACGCUGGUGCUGGUGCUAAUGGUCCGCUCCUACCGGGCGAUAUGGGGGAGAAUAUUACGACUAAGGGUAUUGAUCUGUUGGCGCUAGGGAGGGGGACGAAGUUGCGGUUCGUCGGCGAUGUCAACGUCCAUGUCGAUGGUAACGAAUGCGGCGGCCGCGGCGACGGUGACGGUGACGGUGACGGUGACGGGGCUGCGGAACCCGUGUGCGCAAAUCGACCGGUUCCGGAAAGGGCUGAAGGAGAAAUUUGUCGUGCGGGAUGCGGAGGGGAAUAUUGUCGGGCGCAAGGCUGGGGUUUUGGGGGUUGUCGAGCGGGGCGGGGGGGUUCGGCCCGGAAUGCGGAUUUUGAUUGAGAAGCCACCUGUCCAUGAGGCGUUGGAGUGUGUCUAGCUUAGUGUCGAGUUGGCUGGCUGGGGUGUCGGGGAGGGGUUGCGUUGCAGUUGCAUUUGCAUUUUUCUUGUGCUGGGAGUGUUUUUGUUUUCGGGACGAAUCGUGUCUCUAUUCUUAAGGCUUUUGAGACUUUUGUUUCAGGGAGCCGGUUCUGUCCUUUUCUUUUCUUUUUCUUUGGCUCGCUCGUAGAAUAUUUGCCGUCCUCUUUCUACAUAUAGCGUGACGCGAUGAUGUAUCUUCAAAGAGUUCUACAAGCCAGCGAAUGAUGCAGCUCCUCACAUAAGGAAAAAAGCACCUAGU